GUAGUCCAACUCCCUAUAGACAAGACUAUGGAAAAGACAGACGGCGAGAUUUCUUGUUGAGACAACAAUCUUGUUAUUGGUUUCAAUUAAACGAGUUAACAGCUAUUGGAACACCAAGGUUAAGUAUCAGUGCGCUGCCUGGAAAUUCGUCCUCUUAGCGCAGAACGAUAUUCCAGGAUGGAUUCGUACGUGAGUUCGCAUUUGCAAAAGUAUUAUAAAAAUCCGGAUAAAACCAAACGGGAUGUACAGAACUUGCUUCAACACUAUAGAGGCCUACAGCCUAAAGUGGAAACCUUUGUGUUUAAUGAUGGUGCAUCAAAACAGCUCUUGUGUCUUGGUGGAACAAUUCCUGUUCAUUACAAAGGAAGCGACUACAACAUUCCUGUUGCCCUCUGGUUAUUGGAGACCCAUCCAAUCAAUGCCCCAAUGGUAUUUGUCAGACCAACAUCUGAUAUGAGAUUAAGAAUUUCCAAGCAUGUUGACCAUAAUGGAAAAGUUUACAUGCCAUAUCUUCAUGUUUGGUCAGCAAAUGAGUCAGAUCUUGUUGCACUUGUGCAAGUAAUGAUAAUCAUCUUUGGAGAACAGCCACCUGUGUAUUCAGUUGCUGGACAACCCCAGACAAAUCCCGCGGCAGGAUAUCCAGGAUCGUUGGCAGGUUAUCCACCGUAUCCGACAUCUGCCACUGCUUACCCUCCUGCGACUCCGUAUCCACCAUAUCCUCCGGUGAAUGGACCAAGCUCGAACUACCCAGCUUAUUCGGGUGCAUAUCCGCCAUACCCUCCUACUCCAGGAGCGAUCACCGCUUCAGCAUACCCUCCGUAUCCAACUUCGACUGGUGUAACCAGUACACAGUCCACUGGAACCAUUUCUGAAGACCAUAUCCGAGCGUCGUUGCUGUCGGCAGUUGAGGACAAGGUUCGAAGACGUCUUAGCGAAAUAUUCGCCCAGUCUCAGGCGGAAAUUGAAACGCUAAAAAAGACAGAAAAUGAGUUGCGCAUGGGACAAAGUAAGCUGGAAGACUUGGGAAGACGACUGGACCAAGAACAGAGCGAAGUUGAACGUAGCAUCGCCUCACUUAGAGAGCGACAUACUGAACUGGAGGACUCAUUAGGAAAACUCAAGUCACAAGAUGCAAAUUUUGACGUUGAUGAAGCAGUCGUUACCACGGCACCGAUAUACAGACAACUACUGAAUGCCUAUGCUGAAGAAGCAGCAACAGAGGAUGCUAUUUACUACUUAGGAGAGGGAUUGAGACGAGGCGUUAUCGAACUGGACGUUUUCCUCAAGAAUGUCCGCUCUCUUUCACGUAAGCAGUUUAUGUUGCGUGCAUUGAUGGAACGGUGCCGACAACAAGCUGGAUUAUCUGCUUAAACAUGGUUAUUCGACAUUAUUAUUACUCCUAGUUUUAAUGAUCUUGGUUUUUUCUGCCUUUGAAAUUCAUCAAAUCUGAUUUCUGUUCUAAAUACAUUGUUAGCCCUGAA